AUGGGGAAAUUGAUCAGAAUGGGAACACGGGAGAGGCGGUUACUCCGGCCAAAGCGGCUUCAUUGGAAUCGCCUCUUCUUCCUGUUGGGAAUGUUGAUCAUCGGUUCCACCUACCAGCACCUGAGGAGCCCCCGGGGCCUCCCCUCAUUGUGGGCAGCAGUCUCCUCCCAACACCCUGUAAAACUGGCCAGCCGUGACCUCCCUAACAACAAUAUGAUGAUGGUGAGCAGUGACCCUCCAAGAGCUAGCUCUGAAAUGGCGGGUGACACACGGGUGCCCCAAACUACAGUGGGCAGGGGUGAGGCAACACCUGGCAUAACAAUGGAGAAUACCCCCAAUCCACCCAGAAGGACAGCCAACAUCACUCCAACAAUACCCAAGAAUAACCACAGCCUAACAGCUGCAGACACAGAAAGAAUGAAGGAAGACACCACAAUCACACCCAGUAGAGUACUGAAUCACUACACCCCAACUUCAAGCAGGCCAACGGUAAAGAAUCAUACCCCAACAACAUCACCCAGGGUAGAAAUGCAGAGCUAUCACCCAACUCAGGCUGGGAGAAAGGUGAUGAAAUAUACCCCAUCUCCACUUGGUAGACUAGUAAGCACUUAUGUCCCAUCCUCACUCAUGACAAUGACAGAGAGCCAUGGGAUCACCCCCAGAACAACAGUGAAAGAGAGUGAAACUAUGACAACCACCAAAAUAUUGGAGACCAACCCCUCUAAGAGAAUAGUAGAGGAAACCACCCCAACUACUCUCAAGGGAAUAAUUAAUAAAAUGCCAACUUUCCUGAUAAAUGACAUAGAAACAAACAUCUUGACUUCUCCAAGGAGUAUGACGGAAGAGAACACCCUGACUACCCCCAGAAGAGUGGACAAUAACAGAUUGACUAAGCCCUGGAGGUUAGUGGGAAAGAACAAGCUGACAAUGCCCCUGGGAAUGGGCCUGGAGCACACCACAGCCAUCUCUGAGGGGCAAGUGACAAUACGCACCACCACAGCAGGCAGUGGCCUAACAGAAACCAAAGCCUCUACCGCUACUUGGAGUAUUAGUAAUCCCUUAUCUGGAACCAGUGUGUCAACCAACGGAAUGUCCUCCGCCACCUUCUGGGGGCUGGCAAAGAAAUCUUCCAUGGUACCCAGGCCCUCAUCACCCUCCAAGGUCAGGGCAAAUCCAGCCAUCCAGGUCCGUCACUGUGUGUUUGUGGAGCCAGCCCCAGCGGUGCCCCCUGCUCCCUCCCCCAGCCUGACAACAGCUAUGAUCCCAGAGGCACCUAGUUCCAAUCCCUCAGCGCUGCCUCCUGGCUGGCCAGACCUUCCCUCCAAGGCAGAGUACCCCCCAGACUUGUUCAGCAUAGAGGAGCGGCGACAGGGCUGGGUGGUCCUGCACAUCUUUGGCAUGAUGUACGUGUUUGUGGCCUUGGCCAUCGUGUGUGACGAGUACUUUGUCCCAGCCCUGGGUGUCAUCACAGAGAAACUGCAGAUCUCAGAUGAUGUGGCAGGUGCCACCUUCAUGGCUGCUGGAGGCUCUGCCCCUGAGCUCUUCACCUCCCUCAUUGGUGUCUUCAUCUCUCACAGCAAUGUGGGCAUUGGUACCAUCGUGGGCUCUGCUGUGUUCAACAUCCUCUUUGUCAUCGGCACCUGUGCCCUCUUCUCCCGGGAGAUCCUCAAUCUCACAUGGUGGCCCUUAUUCCGUGAUGUCUCUUUCUACAUCCUUGACCUGAUAAUGCUCAUUCUCUUCUUCCUGGACAGCCUCAUUACCUGGUGGGAAAGCCUGCUGCUACUGCUGGCCUAUGCUUUAUAUGUGUUCACCAUGAAGUGGAAUAAGCAGCUCGAGGUCUGGGUGAAGGAGCAGCUCAGCAGGAGGCCAGUGGCCAAGGUCAUGGCCCUAGGGGACCUCAGCAAGCCAGGCAAUGGAGCGGCUGCGGUGGAUGAGCUACAGGAAAACAAGAAGCUAAAGCUCCCAGCAGUGCUCCCUGCAAUGCUGACCCGAGCGAGCAGCCCGGCCUCUCUGCACAACAGCAUCAUCCGCGGCCCCAUCUACCAGCUCAUGAUCCACAGCCUGGACCCUCUGAGAGAAGCCCGCCCCUCCAAAGACACGGAGAGCUUGAGUCAGGAGGCCAAAGCCAAGCCUCACGCUAACGCAGAGAACAAACCAGAAGAGGAGGAGCCAGCCCAGCUUCCUGCGGUCACAGCCCCCCCAGCCCCCGCUCCAGAUGUCAAGGGGGAUCAGGAGAAGGAAGACCCCGGCCGUCAGGAAGGAGAUGUGGCUGGAGCUGAGAGCACGGGUGAAGUGAUAGGUGAAGAGGCUGAAACUCCUGAUAGAGGUGAAAACGGACAACAAGGUGGAGAUGAAACUCAACUGGAAGGUGAAGGUGAAAUUGAAGCAGAAGGAGAAGGAGGUGAACAUGAAGGUAAAAUCGAAGCAGAAGGAGGAGAAAGUGAACAUGAAGGUGAAAUCGAAGCAGAAGGAGGAGAAAGUGAACAUGAAGGUGAAAUCGAAGCAGAAGGAGGAGAAAGUGAACAUGAAGGUGAAAUCGAAGCAGAAGGAGGAGAAAGUGAACAUGAAGGUGAAAUCGAAGCAGAAGGAGGAGAAAGUGAACAUGAAGGUGAAAUCGAAGCAGAAGGAGGAGAAAGUGAACAUGAAGGUGAAAUCGAAGCAGAAGGAGAAGGUGAACAUGAAAGUGAAAUCGAAGUGGAAGGAGGAGAAGGUGAACCUGAAGGUGAAAUUGAAGAAGGAAAAGACGCGGAUGAAUAUGAUAGUGAAGAUGAACUCCUAGCAGAAGGAAAAGUAACUGAUGAAGGUGGAGGUGAGCUCCAAGCAGAAGAUGGUGAAAUGAAAGCUGAUGAGGGCGAAAAUGAAGAGCAGGAACUCAGUGCUGAAAGUCAGGGUGAAGCCAAAAGUGAUGAGAAAAGUAGAGAUGGUGAAGGGGGAGGUGAAGGAGGUGGAAGUGAAGAUGAAGACGAGGAGGAAGAUGAGGAGGAAGACGAGGAGGAGGAGGAGGAGGAGGAGGAGGAAGACGAGGCGGCAAAUGAGGAGCCUUUGUCCCUGGAGUGGCCCAAGACCAGGCAGAAGCAGGCCAUUUACCUGUUCCUCCUGCCCAUUGUGUUCCCACUGUGGCUGACCGUGCCCGACGUCCGGAGGCUGGAGUCUAAGAAGUUUUUUGUUCUCACCUUCCUGGGAUCCAUCAUGUGGAUAGCCAUGUUCUCAUACCUCAUGGUAUGGUGGGCUCACCAGGUUGGUGAAACAGUAGGGAUUUCUGAAGAGAUAAUGGGCUUGACGAUCCUAGCGGCAGGCACGUCCAUUCCCGACCUCAUCACCAGUGUGAUUGUUGCUCGGAAAGGCCUGGGAGACAUGGCUGUGUCAAGCUCUGUGGGCAGUAAUAUAUUUGAUAUCACCGUGGGCCUGCCUGUCCCUUGGUUGCUCUUCUCUUUCAUCAAUAAAUUACAGCCUGUUCCAGUCAGCAGCAAUGGCUUGUUUUGUGCAAUUGUUUUGCUUUUUCUCAUGCUCUUGUUUGUGAUCUCUUCAAUUGCAUCGUGCAAAUGGAGAAUGAACAAGAUCCUGGGCUUCACAAUGUUCCUCCUUUACUUUGUAUUCCUGAUAAUCAGCGUGAUGUUAGAAGAUCGAAUCAUUUCCUGUCCUGUAUCUGUCUGAGUCAGAGUCACUGUUGCUCAUAAUGGACAUGGAUCAGAAAACCAUGCCAGAAGCUACUGCACUUGUUGUUACAUUAAUGAAAGAAUGAACAUGGUCCAGGAGAGUGACCGGAGUGGCCAACAACCUCUAAUGGGAAUGUCAUCUGGGACUGAACAUUAUCUUUGGAAACACCAGCAGCUCGUUGUGGAUUAAGAAUCUCACCUCUGGAGGGAUAGAGUUCCUACCCCUGACUGAUGUUGGCAGCUAUCAUGUGGAGGCCAGUAGGAAGGACCUCUGAAGCUAGAGGGUUUUCUGAGAGAGAACUUGGGGGUGAGGGCAGGUGCAGUCACCCAUGCUCACAGUCCCUGAUCAUUCCUGAAGGGCUGCUGAUCCAAAGAUGCAGGUGUGGUCUGCACUGCACCCCCUGGCCCCUGGCCCAAGCACACGCUGCAAUUUGCUGUCCCCUCUUUUCCUGUUUAAAACAUGAGUUUUUUUUUUAAUCAGGUUUAUAAACAUUACAGGUCCAGUUAUUGGUGGGUUUACAGAACUAAGACUAUAGGAAAAAAAAAGUAUAACAGGAAUCAAUUAUCAUUACACAUCAUAGUCCAGUAAAAUGUGUACCAGUAUUUUAUAGCUUAAAAGGACUACCUUAGCUCUUAUAGCUGCAUUUCUGAAAACUGAAAUUAAAAUAAGUAGCCCAAGAAAUUAAAAUUUAUACAUCGCCCUUGAAUUGGAAGUAGGGGAGAUAUUAGGGAAGGAAAACUACUCUAAGGGCUAUUUAAACAUAUGUACUUACUAGAAAAUCCAAGUUAGUAUUGUCUCUGCCAAGUGGUCACCUUGAGGGAUUAGACACUCAUACAAAGCUCUCCUGUCUCUGCUCCUCCAGCAUAUUCUCGCCUAACAGUGACAGCCGCUACUAGUAAGAGAAGGAGUCAUUUUAAAAAGAGUCCAAAAUCAGCAGAGCCAAGUCUGGUUUAUAAAGUAAGAGAUCCAGUGGGGUAAUAUUAUUUUUGUGUGUCAACCUAGAGAUAGGAUUAUAAAGCAAGAUGACUGAUUUCCUGUGCGGCUUACAAGUGGAUCUCCAGGCAAUUACAGCGGAGAAAUUCCAAAAAUGCUUAACAUGAUGACAACAUGGUGAGAUAGAGAAUAUUACUGCUUCCAAUAGUUAGUGUAAAGGACUUUUGUGUUUUUAAAAAUUGUGUGGCUAUUUAAACCUUGCAUGUGGAAAUUUGAAGUGCUUGUAUAUUAAACACCACUGCUUGCUGCUUUUACUAACAUUAAGGGACACAUUCGAAAUGAAACAGUGCUAUGUCCCUGGUUUCAGAGCAGAAGGAGCUCAGGUGAUUAGAUUAUGAUGGUAAAUACAGCUUUAAUUAUGAGAGGAUUCAUUGAAGAUUAGAAGAUAGCAGGACAGAUGCGAUGUAAAAAAAAAUUUUUUUUUUGGUGUUGAAGGGCUAUAUUCAAAAUACUUCAGUCCCUAAUCCAUCUCUUAAGAUGGGCUGAUUAAUGGCCUC